UCCGAAUUGAACAGAUACUUACUCUGUAAGAAAAAGGAAAUGUAGGAUUUUUAUGAACAAUUUCUCUCAUUGAAACGAACGAUUCGAGCCCUAAAGUCACCCCAAAAACCUAUCUCUGCGACUGACUUUCUCAGCAAUCGGCGACUAUCUCUCUCUCAGAUCUGGUUGGUCCGCUCUCAGAACUCAGAUCUUUCUCUCUCUCACUUUCUCCAUCUCUCUCUUCCUACGGUUUCUCUCUCUAGGCAGCGUUUCUUCUCCGGCUGUUCACCGGCGAGGUCUCAGGGUUUCACCGACUAGCUCCAUCACAUCUCAGGGUCUCCCUCACUUUUCCGGUGUUUUGCACUAAAAAUGUAUAACAAUGUGGGAGGCCAGCCUGGGGUACCAAGGCCACCGGUAAAUUCGCAGCCAACUCCAUUUGGGAAUGCAUUUUAUGGAGCUGGUUCUGGGCUUAUCAGAGGUGGAUUGGGUGCUUAUGGAGAGAAAAUAUUGGGAUCGAGCUCUGAGUACGUGCAAAGCAAUAUAAGCACGUAUUUUUCUAAUCCUCAAUACUACUUCCAAGUGAAUGACCAGUAUGUGAGGAACAAAUUGAAGGUUGUUCUUUUUCCAUUCCUCCACAGGGGUCAUUGGACUCGGAUUAGUGAGCCAGUAGGAGGUCGGCUCAAAUAUAAACCCCCAGUUUACGACAUAAAUGCGCCAGAUUUGUACAUUCCAUUUAUGGCAUUUGGUACCUAUGUGGUUCUUGCUGGUUUCUCUUUGGGUCUUCAAGGAAAGUUUAGUCCAGAAGCUCUGAACUGGUUGUUCAUUAAGGGACUGCUUGGCUGGUUUCUACAAGUGGCUUUACUGAAAUCAUCAUUGUUCUUUUUGGGUGGUAGCAGUGAUGCACCUUUUCUCGACUUUGUUGCAUAUGGGGGGUACUGUUUCACAGGAUUGUGUUUUGCUGUUCUUGGACGAAUUCUCUGGAAUUACUCGUAUUACUUUUUAAUGCCUUGGUUCUGCUUAUGCAUGGGAACUUUCUUGGUGAAAACUAUGAAGAGAGUUUUAUUUGCAGAGGUGAGAAGUUAUGAUUCAAGCAGGCACCACAUCCUCUUGCUCCUUAUAGCGUUUGCUCAAUUACCACUUUUCACUUGGCUUGGUAACAUAAGUGUUAAUUGGCUUAUAUAGUAUCCAACCUUUUUACAUUGUAGUUAGAAACAACUGUGUUCAUACAAGUUCCGAAAGGUGUAGGAUAUUUUGCUCCCUGAUUCAACAACUAUUGACGAGUUUCUUUCUGAAUGUUUAUUUUUCUGAAUGUGAGUGUUGUAAUAGUAUUAUAUGAAGAGGAAUAUGGUUAAGAGGGAAUAUCACCGUUUAUAAUUUUUAUUGAAGAUAUCAUUUCUACAUGUUUA